CUGCCUUUUGUGAUCUUCGUGGGCCUCCUGACGCCGCCUCUUCACAGGGUGCAGCAGCGGGACUGUGGACACCAACUGUCGUUUAGGUUAGCUGGCUGUAAACAAAUCUGUACACCUCCGAGAUGUACGCCAUAGAAACGCUUUGUGAGACGCUGUUUGCUGCGCUGUAAUCACAGCCGUUAGCACACACAAUGUAGAAAAUAUGACGCUUUUAUGCCCGGGGGCGGUGUAACUUUUAUGGACAGCUGGAUUUUUUUUCUGCUGCUGUUGUUGUUGUUAAACUAAUGCCAUCAUUUAACCGAUGGGAUGCCACACAUGUAAUCGGUGACGUCUGCCAAAAUCUGUUGCUAACUAACGGGAAGUAAGCUGGAUAAUUGGUGCUUUAGCUGCAUCGAGGAGCUCGGUUAGCAUUAAAAAUAUUGAACAUGGCAUCUGCUGCUGCCGAGCACGACCUGGCUCUGUCUGAGGCGGACAGCAGUAAAGAGAAAGGCCAGGUGUUCGGCAUUCUGAGGCUCCAGGAGGAGAAAUUAGGUGCAGGGGAGAAGACGAGCAGCACUGUUAGAGGAGGAGGAGGUGUUGGAGACGGGCGAUGGCAGGCUCCUAUCUUCGCUUUAGCAAGGAAAGCAUCAGAGACCAUUUCAGGAAGCAUUCACGUCCAUCCCAAAGUGUCGGAACAAAGGAAUUCUCUUCCCGGGGACUGGACUGUCCAAGCUAUGCGCGACCCCAUGGCCAUGGAGCGAGCCAACCUACUGAACAUGGCAAAACUUAGCAUCAAAGGCCUGAUUGAGUCGGCACUGAGCUUCGGUCGGACGCUGGACUCAGACUACCCGCCUCUCCAACAGUUCUUUGUGGUUAUGGAGCACUGUCUGAAACACGGCCUCAGAGUAAAGAAGUCCUUCCUGGGCUUCAACAAGUCUCUGUGGGGCCCUCUAGAGCUGGUAGAGAAGCUGUGUCCAGAAGCGUCAGAGAUCUCUGCCUCUGUACGGGACCUUCCCGGCCUCAAGACGCCUCUGGGCAGAGCCAGGGCAUGGAUUCGUCUGGCUCUCAUGCAGAAACGGCUGGCCGACUACCUGCGACUUCUCAUCACUCGAAAAGACCUCCUCAGUGAUUUCUAUGAGGAUUCAGCGCUGAUGCUGGAGGAGGAAGGGGCAGUGAUUGUGGGCCUGCUGGUGGGCCUGAACGUCAUCGACGCUAACCUCUGUGUGAAAGGGGAAGACUUGGACUCUCAGGUCGGAGUGAUUGACUUCUCCAUGUAUCUGAAAAAUGACAUGGACGAUUACAGAAGCGAGGAGAGGAAUAGCCAGAUCUCAUCCAUCUUGGACCAGAAGAAUUAUGUAGAAGAGCUGAACCGGCAACUCAACUCCACGGUUCAUGGCCUUCAGAGCAGAGUCGAUUCACUUGAAAAGUCCAACUCCAAACUCAUUGAAGAGCUAGCUAUAGCCAAAAACAACAUCAUCAAGCUGCAGGAAGAAAACCAGCAGCUCAGAGGUGAAAACAAACUGAUUCUGAUGAAGGCACAACAACAUUUGGAGGUGACUCAAGGCGACGCAUCAGUGGAGCGGGACACCUACAAACAGUCCCGUCAGGGUUUGGAUGAGAUGUACAAUGAAGCCAGGAGGCAGCUGAAAGAGGAGUGCCAGCUCAGACAGGAUGUGGAGAACGAGCUGGUUGCACAGGUGUCUAUGAAACAGGAAAUGGAGCUGGCCAUGAAGCUUCUGGAGAAAGACAUCCAUGAGAAACAGGACACUCUGAUCGGACUGAGGCAUCAACUGGAUGAAGUAAAGGCCAUCAAUGUAGAAAUGUACCAGAAGAUGCAGUCGUCAGACGAAGAGAUGAAGAAGAAGAAUGACGUGAUCAGCCGCCUGGAGGAGAAGACCAAUCAAAUCAAUGCCACUAUGAAACAACUCGAGCAAAGCGAUAAAGAUCUGCUCAGCCAGACCAGAACACUUGCUAUGUCAUUUGUUAAGUGUGCCAGCACAGACACAGAGCACCAGUACAAGCUGGUCAAAGACAUCUCCUUUUGAGGACAUGUUUACACCAAUAAUUCACUAAACUCUGAACAACAUUCCUGUUAUUUAACUCAAAAUAGUGAAAUGGUUUUACAGGCCAGAGAGGCGGCAUAGAAUCGGGUAUAAAACCCACUGUAUGUCAGAUUCAGCUCCUGUGGAUAUUUGAGACGGUUUUCACCAAGUUAGAUCCAGAGAACUGAUCAGCAUUAGAGCAAACAAGCUUCCUGAGAAGCUUUGCCGAGAGCUGCUGGAUUGUCGCUCUAAUGCUUUUCAAUGAACUAUACACUACUUAUAUAUUCAGUCACGUGUGUAUCACCUUUCGUUCCAACAACGCUCAGUUUCUAUGCAGUAAGGUAGUCUGACUCUGAUAUGUAACCAUUGGGUCUUCUUUUAUGGUUGAUAUAAAGUGGAAAGUGAACACAAACAUCAGGGUGAUUCCUUGUUCUAGGAUCAAAAUCUGUCCAGAGGAUAGGAGUGUUCAUGUUGUCCCAUAGCUGCAUUUAAAGUGUGUCCCUUACAUUCUGUUACCGUAAAAGUUCUAGGGGAGAAAUAAAGUCAUAAGUUGUAUAAAUACGAAGUGGAAGGAAACUGAUGUAUAGUUUUCACAUUUUUUUUUUAAAUACAAUUUUCAAAAUCUUAAAAGUGUGGCAUGCAAUUGAACUCUGUCCCCUUUAAUCUGCCACCUCUGAAAAUAGAGUGGGAACGAUCCAAUUGAGACAUCAGGUAACUAGUGAAUUGAGUCCAGCUGUGUGAGAUUUAACGUCAGGAUAAAGGCAGCUGUGUUCGUUAGCCAACAUUAGUGAGGAAAAAAAGCAUAAUGGAGUUUAAGGAAAAUGGUGAAAGAUAAAGUUCUGUAGAUUUUAAAGCAGGAUUAGGUAAUACAUGCAUAAUAAACCCCUCACUUGUUGAAUCUAUCAUUUGAAAGCUGGUUUUCAUUUUCUAUUAAAUUAAAACGGCCAUCUCAAUGGUGAUAUGUGGAGAUGAUGAUGGCUUCAUCAUUUAUUUUUAGAAAAGAUGAUCGAUGGAGAUAAAGAUGGAUGGAGCUGAUUACAGUGGAGCCCUGAAGUCCCUAAAUGAUUGCUGCUGUAAUGCCUAAAAGUGGCUUCUACCCACUAAGUGAACUCAGCUGUGUUGAACUCCAUACUUCUCAUAUGUAGAAGUUUUUGAAAACCGUGCAUCAUUUUCUUUCCACUUCAUAAAUGCACCAUUAUGCGAUAGUCCUUUACAGGAAAUCCCAGUAAAUUAAAAUGAAUAUGGCGACUAUAAAAAAAAUAAAAAAAAAAAUCAACAAAAAAACAACUGGCUCUAGUGUGAAAGUCAAUUUGUCAAAUCAGUUUUCCUCUUGCAGUCAUUUUCUUGUUGUUUUAGUUAUUUUGCCAAGUCAGUCUGUGAGGAAUUUAGAGCAGAUGGGACUGUUUGUGCAGCGCACUGCUUCAAAUCUGUUGCUGGUUUGUGUUGCAUGUGUUGCACCUCCUGACCUGCUUCACAGUGGCUGUCAAAACCCUGUCUGCACCUGCAGUUAGUCCCUUCUGCUCCUGCUCAAAAUGUCUAGUAAAACUUUUUUUAACAAGUGAAUUAAGUUUUAGAUCAGGAAUGAGCAAUUCCAGUUCCAGAGGGUCGGUAUCCUGCAACCUUUAGAUGUGCCUUUGGUUCAACACACCUUAUCAAGUUAUUAGAUGAUUGAGAGGACUCUGGACGAACUGAGUGCAUACUGAAGAGAUAACUCAGCCAUUUGAUUCACGUGUGUUGGACCAAGGAUGGAUGUAAAAGUUGUACGAUACCGGCCCCUGGGAACUGGAAUUGCCCAUUCCUGCAUUAGUGAAUAUAAUUUAAAGUCAUGUUAAAACUGCAGAGUUGCCUUCCUAAAGGUUGAUUAAUAUCUGCAGAAACAAACUGGUUACAAAGCUGUAAAAAUCUGCAUUGCUCUCAUUUUUGGCGUUCUUACUGACUUCUGUGAUAUACACUAAAAUAGAAAAUAAUCUUCCUGACUGUUCUAAUUACCAUGUUUAUAAAAACUUGAAUUUUUGGACAGAAAUGGAGCCAGUCAUGCUAGUUGAAGUUCACUAUUGUAUUUUAUCACAGUGAUCAAUAAAUCAAAAUGUUUUGAAAGUG